UUUUUUUUUUUCUUUUCUUCUUUUUCUUCUUCUUUUCUUUUGUCACGCGUUACAGUUUUGAUUCUUUUGUUCUUCCCUUCAAAGUCUAUAUUGACUACCGUACAUACAUUGAUUCCAUCAUGACCACCAAAGAUAAUACUCUGAAAGUCGAUAAGAAAAGAAGUCCAUUCACAGAAAACGUAUUUCUAUUUGUUCCUAAUCUUAUUGGAUAUACUCGGAUCAUACUAGCUUCACUUUCUCUGUAUUAUAUGCCCAUUCACCCAAAAGCUUGUGUAGCUUUAUACACCAUUUCCUGUUUAUUGGAUGCUGUUGAUGGAAACGCUGCUCGUUAUUUUAAUCAAUGUAGUCGAUUUGGAGCUGUACUGGAUAUGGUGACAGAUAGAUGUACUACCACCUGUUUACUUUGUUUUUUGUCUCUUCGAAAUCAAAAUUGGACCAUUCUAUUUCAAUUUUUAAUUUCUUUGGAUUUUGCUUCUCAUUAUAUGCACAUGUAUAGUUCUAUGACUGAAGGUUCAUCAAGUCACAAGAAGAUUGCUGAAGGUGGUAGUCGAUAUCUUCGUCUCUAUUAUACCAAUAAUAUUAUCUUAUUUGUUAUGUGUGCUGGGAAUGAACUGUUUUUCGUACUUUUGUAUAUUCUUAGUGUGGCCAAUAUCUCUCAACCUUUGAAUGUGUUUUGGUGGAUUUCAUUAUUCGUGACUGGAAUGAUUUGUGCUGCCAAACAAUUCAUCAAUGUGGUGCAAAUCGUAAAUGCAAGUAGGGUAUUGGUAGCUAUUGACAAGGAAGAUAGAAUCAAGGCUUUAUCAAAGGAUAGUUAAUUGAAUACUUUAGUGAUUCAUCUGUAGUGUAUUCCCCCCCUUAUCUUUUUUUUUUUUUUGUUGUGUCAUAUAUUUAUCUUGUGCAUUCUAGUUUAGAUGAAUCAUAUCACACUUCAAUAUAGUAUUACUUAUAUUACUAACCUCUUAUUACAAAGCAACAACACGCACAUAUACAUAUACACACGCAUACACAUACAUACUCUUGAUAGUCCGUCCAUUCAACCAUUUUGUAGAAAUCAAAAGAAUAAAACCAAAAAAAAAAGGGAACCAAAUCAUCACUUUUUUUUUAUUAUGUUUGUAUAAAGAA